AUGUUCGGUAAACUUAAGAACUUCGCCAACAUCGCCGAACAGAAACUCAAUAGCAUCCAACCCCAGGGUGGUUCUAGUAUGGCUGGAUCUUCGAGCCACGGAGGCGCGCAGGCAAUCCCGGCGAUGGAAGCUGUUGCUGCCCAAGUCGCAAUCUUCCCACAAUUCGUUGCCCAGAAAACCGAAGCGCUCGUUUUGAAGGAAAAGGUGUUCUCAUUGAGUGGGGACUCGUACGAUAUUACCACCGUUGAGAAAGUGCCCGUUUUCAAGGUCCAAGGGAAGAAACUAUCGUUUAGCGGUCGUAAAAUCUUCGCCGACCAACAAGGAAACGAACUGUUCCACCUCCGAAAGGAACAUCUAUCAAUCCAUACUACUUACUACGGAGAAGAUGCUUCCGGAAAGGUCUUAUUCGAAGUCAAGAGCAAGUUCAGCAUCGGGACCUCCAAAGCGUACGUCAACUUCACCGACGUAAAUGGCACUGCCCAUUCCCUUUUGAUGAAGGGUAACUGGUUCGACACCAAAUCCGAUAUUGUAGAUGAAAAAACCGGCGCAGUCGUUGCUUCUGUCAACCGAAAACUUCUCAAUUUCGGUGAACUCAUUGGUGGCCAACAGACAUACGUCCUAACAGUCGCUCCUGGUGUUGAUAUGGCACUUAUGUGUGCGGCCUGCAUAUGCUUUGACGAAAAGAACAACGAGAAAUAA